AUGAUCAGUGAACGCCACAAGAGCCACAAUUUGGUUACGAUACUCUGUCUGGGCUGCUCCCUGCUGCUGCUGCUGCAGCUCCUCUCGGCCGCACCUCUUGUCCACGCAGCCUCAGCCGGCGGAGUCUUCGAGGUCUUGGCUCAAUCAACAGUGUCAGAGACGGAGGCGACCACGACAAGCAAAACAACGACGGUGACGGCAACGCCGACGAAGACAAAUGCCAGUCAGGAUGAGGUUGGUCAGCCACAGCCACAGCUUCAGCCACAGCCACUGACGCCCGGUGCGACAACAGCUCCCCGACUGGAUCACAACAACAACAACGAGUGGCGUCCGCUGGGCCAUGGCGAUCCACUGCAAAAGGAUCCCACUUAUGACUACAGUCCGCCCGCCCUGGACAGGGUGCGCUAUUGGGCGGAGAACAAUGGCACAGGACAGAGUAACCCAGAGGCGAGGAAGAAGGAGCUGCCGCCGGAGGUGUUGCGGAACAAGACAAAGAGUGAGAUCCUGCUGCUGGGCGUGGCCAGUGAGCGAGUGAGGGUGCCACAUUCGCAUUCCUAUCCGGGCAUGGGUUUGGGACAGCAGCAUCAGCAGCAGCAGCAACAGCAGCAGCAACUGGCGAAAUAUGCGGCAAUACGUAGGAGUUACUAUGCUCCGCCGCAGCAGCAGCAGUUGCAUCAGCAAAUUCAACAACAUAAACAACAACAACAGCACAUGCCGCCCACCCAUUUAAUGCCACCUCCAAUGAUGAUAAUGAAAGCGGGCUCUGGCUCUGGCUCUAGCUCUGUGGAUUAUCGUCACAGCAUGCCGGGCGGCAGUCCGGGAUCCAUUUCGGGUUCACCCAGCAUGAGCACCUCCUACAUGAGCCACAUUAACCACAUGAGUUCGCCGACACCCAAGCAAUUUAUGACCUCAUCGAUGGCCUAUCAUCCCUCCUACACCUCCUGGCACUCCUCUGCUCCCAUUAGUGGCAUGUCCAGCAUGCCGCCGCAUCGCUUGAGCUACGCCGAUGCCCAUCACCAGGAGUCCAUGCAGCACUACAGCUUCAGCUCCAGACCCCACCAGACGGUGAGUUAUUCGCCCAACUCCCUGGCGGGACAUCUGGGUGCUUCGAAGGCGUCUCUGAGGAAGCCCUGGCUGCACGAGCUCCUGCAGAAGGAGGUGGUGGUCAAGGCGAAGGUGAAGCCCACAAUGCCGGCCACCAAGUACCUAAUGGGAACGAGCAAACCGCAUCAGGCCCUGCCCCCAGCCGGCUAUGGCAUUAGUUCCACGCGUCCACCGAUGGCCUACGCACCCGUGACCUUUGUGCCGGGUCCACCCACCAUUGCAGUGCCCACCAUGGCCAGCAGCCUGGGCCAGGAGAUCUACAUCACGCCCACACCACAGACCAGCAGCAGCUCCGGCUUCCGACCGAUGCUGAUGACCAGUCCAACCAGUUCCACCUCCGUCUCCAUGCCAAUGACCACGCCUGCAUCACAGCCUAGCUAUCUACGCCCUGGAAGCAGCAGCAGCAGCACCACAACGACGACGACGACGACUAACAACCGCCUGCUGAUACCACAGACGAGUAAUCUGGCCCAACGUCCCACAGUGGCACCCGCGCCGGAAUCCACCACCGACUCACUCUUUUCGCACUAUAAGCAGCCGCCAAAAGCGCUGCUCGGACCCAUGUAUCUCAUCAUCGAGGGUCACUCCAAGGUCAAGACCUAUGGCCAAAACGAACUGGACCCCCACAGUCCGAAGAUAGUGCCGGUAAUCUCCAAGAGAGAACCUGUCGUACGUACCGCAGACCCGAACGAGAAACGUGGGACAGUGGAGACCUUUCAGGUCAAGCAUUUGCAUACGAAAACAACGCCAAUGACGACCACUACACCGAGGCCAUCGACAACAACCACAGAGAGGCCAGUCACCAGCAGUAGUUCCACGAGCAAACCCACUCAAAGAACAACCACAUUGAAGACGACAACAACUGCAUCUGUUCCGAGGACAUCGACAACUCCAUUUACUACUCCUCCACCAACGACAACUCCAUCGACUACUCCUCCGCCCAGUGGCGUCAAUGAUUUGCUGAGCCUGUUGGACAACAUGUUUGCCGAUGUCCAUGAGAUUGCCUCCUCGACAGCGUCCGUGCCAGUGCCAGUCCCAGCCAGCAGCACCACGAGCACCAUCCUGAAGCCGGUGAGCACCAGGCUGCUGCCCCAGCAGCCAGAGCCACGUAUUGGCAGUCAAGCGGGCAGCAUCUCGAGUGUACUGGGAAAUGAUGAAGCUGGCGAGGAUCUGGGGUCAGAGUUUGCCACCAGCACGGAGCUGCCGCUGCGGGCGACGCGUCAGGUAUUUGACUAUGAUCAAUUGCCCGAGUCAAGGGCCACGGCCACAACUGACAUUGAAUACAAUGAUGAAGAUGAUGACGAGGAGGAGGAGCUGGAGGAGGCGAAUUUUGAUGCCCCCUCUGGCAGUCAGCAGGAGGAGAACGAAGAUGAUGAGGAGGACAACGAGCACAAUCUACUCAAACGCAUAGACAGAUUCGUGGACGAUGUGGACGAUGGUGAGGAUGAUUUAGAGGAUUUGAUUGAGGAGAGACGACAGCAGCAUUAGCCUAAGAUGACACGAAAUUUCUUAACUGCGCUCUAUACCAAAUCUAUCAGAAACUUUUCUUACACUUAAUUGUUUUUGUAAAUAAGUCAGCUUUAAAUGGAGGAGAACCAAACCGAACCGAUCUGUAUCCGUAUCUGUAUCUGUAUUUAUUUUUUGUUAGUUGUUAGGCCCCGCUGACGUCACAAUGUGACUGCAAAGUUAGUUACCAAUAAUUUAAUUCAUUGACAUGUUUGUUUUGUAGUUC